AUGCCUUCAUUACGAGUGAUGUUUGACAAAUGUGACAUCAAUGUUUGGACAAAUUCUCCUUUCAUUGAUCUGCAUGUGAGUUCUUUCUUCUUCGCACAUCGUAGCUGUCCGACCGUCGCGUCGACUGCUGCCUCUCUUCCGUUCAUCCUUCUCAUUGACUCUGUGCAGCAAAAAUGGAUGACGAGAUGGUUACACUGCAUAAUGUAAUGCCUGUGGAUCUUGCUCUAAAAAGAGAAAUGGAAUAUCGACAUAAAAUGGAGGCCUUGAAAAACCAGCAACUCAAUAACUUAAAUCCUUUGCUACCUUCCCAAUCCCGAGUCACAUCUAAUUCUUUGCCACCUUCCCAAGUUCAUCCCACGAGUCAAACAAUCUUAAAGAGAAAAGAGCCAUCUACAAGUGGCAUAAAACCGAAAAAACCGACAAUCGGACUUGUUUGCAAGAUUUGUCAGAUAACAUUUUGUACAGUUGUUCAAUUGAAGGAUCAUGCGAAUAGUGGGAGACACAAAAACAAUAUACAACAAUUGCAGAAAAGGGGGGAAAAUGUUGCCACUCCAUUUUUAUGUGAGAUUUGUCAUGCAUCUUGCUCCAGUGGUAUUGUAAUGGCAGCUCAUCUUAGGGGUACAAAGCAUGCUGCUGUUCUUAAGGAAGUUGAGAAAGCUAAAAGGGCUAGACCCAAAGAGGGAUUUGCUCCAAGAAGGUAUUGAAUGUUUGGUGUAUUGAACAAGAGUAGAGUGGUUUCUAACUUUCUAUAUAAAUAUAUACUAUAUUUUUAGUUAUAUCAUAUAUGAUGUUUAGAAGAAUGAAGGUGAAUAGUGAUAGGGUGGUAUUGACUGUGUAUAACUUUUUUGAAACGCAAUUAAAGAAUAUGAGAGGAAGAUGACUUUGAUGUUAGAGGAUCUGUAAUGGUUAACCUUAGUAACAUAAUUUUUUAUACUAAAAGAG